AUGUCGGACCACAUUUCCAAGAACAACCAGGCCAAGGCUGGCCGCGCCAAUACUACUGGCAUCAAACUCAAGCCCGUCGCUGGCGCCACCAAGCUCAUUCUUGAGAGCGCCAAGGCCGCCGUUGCCGAUACCAACAUCAACGACAAGGUCCCCGAUACUGAUCGCGAGAUGGACCUGACUUUCUACGACGCCAACGGCAAUGUUGAGACUGCCGACCCCGAUGGCGACAUCAGCAUGGAGGACGAUACCACCAUGUUGUCAAUCGAGAAUGACGACGCCUCCAGCUCCAUCGAUGAAUCCGUCUCGGCUAACACCAGCGUCACCUCUGCCUACGACGGCGCGGCUGACUUUGAGUGCGACGGCAUCAUGCAGUCAACCGAGCAGAACGAUGAUGCCUCCGCCUCCAUUGACGACCUCUUCUCGUCUGACGACGACAUGACCAAUGCCAGCGGCGGUCUGGACGAGGACAGCGCCGCUAAGUCGGACUGCGAGGCCCUUGUCGCCUCCUCUGCCCCGAAGCUGUUCAAUAGAGACGUCCGCGGACACUCAGUUUCCCUCACCAAAGACAGCGAGAACUCGGUCUCUGCUGAGGAUCGCGCCUAUUACUCCGAGGACGAUGGUGAGCACUAUGAGUACGAGAAGUACGCCUUCCGACAGAAGAGACUUCGCCUCAAGAACAAGGCGCAGUGCUCCAAAAAGCGUCCUUCCAGACUCCCCAAGGGUGGCAAGGGCGUCCGCAUGAAGGACGGCAGCAUGGAUGGCAAUGAGGACGACACAUCUGGCCAGGCAGGUGGUGAGAUUGAAGAAUGGGAGACUGACGACGAGCCGGAGCUGAUCAUUCCGAUUGACGAGGCUCUUGCCUUGGAGAGGAUCGAGGAGGAGUCUUCGAAAGUCGUCCAAGCGACGCGCGCCUUGUACAGAUUCACCGGCAACGCAAUGCGCCUGCGCCAGUUCAAGAAACUCAAGGAGAGCAAGAUGACGAUUCGACAACAGCUGUCCCGCCUCGGCACUAGGACCUUGCGCCCCGAGGACAUCGCCUGGAACUAUGUCGUCCUGCACAAUGAGAAGAUUCGGGAGCUCUGGAUUCGUUGCAACCAGAUGGACCCGUACGAGAAGGACCGUGUGAUGAGGCAGAUUGAUGAUCUCAACCACAAGCGCCAGCAACGACUUGCAGAAGUCAACCAGGAUGACUGCCCCAUCAAAGUCUGGGAGUUCAAGGCAGGCUGGGUCCAGCCCGAGUACCGCCAACCUCUUCCGCGCCUGGAACCAGAGCCUGUUCAGAAGCCAGAGACCGUUCAGCAGCCAGAGCCUGCCCAGCAGCCAGAGACUUUGGAGCAGCAAGAGCUGCUGGCCACACAAGCUUCUUUCACGGACUUCGCUUCUAUCGGCUCCUUCAAUGACAACAGCAACCCGAAGGGCAACUAUGGCGUUCCCGAGGCGGAUGUCGACUACAUGGGUUCAUUCAGAUUGGACGACCACGAGAGCCACUUUGAGACCGCAUUCGAGGUCACCACUUCCAGCCAGAGAUAUGAGGCUGAUCUCCCCGGUCUCGAUGCCUUCGUGGACAGCCUCUGGACUGUUCCAACCAACGACACUGCCAGCACCCCGCUAGAUGCCGCUGAGGUGGCGCAUCUGCAGGAGCAGUUGCAGGUUUCCGCGCCGAAUGAGCCAGUGCCUACCCAGAGUCAGUUCGAACCUGGUGAGGAUAUCAACAACGACAAGAGCUCUCUUUUCAGCGACAACGACGACGAUGAGGUCGAUGCCGCUCCCGUUUCUUGCAAGGCAGUUGAGGAGCCUCAGAUCCUCGAGGACGCUCCCCAUGUUCUCCCCAACACCCAGCAGUCUUCAUUCGAGGAGCAAGUCAUCGAGAACAGCGACUGCGACUCUCUCUUCGGCGAUGCUAACGAAGACUGCCAGCCCGAGUCUGCCGAGAUGACUGGCCAGGCUGUCGAGGAGCCCCUUAUGUCUGAGAACAACACGACCGCCGACGCUCCUCCCGCCAACCCGCAGGUUUCCGAGGAGCAGCAUGGCGGCGAGGGCUACGUUGAUGACGAUGAUGAUGACUCUCUAGGCAUCGAGUUUGAGGAUGUCGAUUUUGAGACCGCUGCCAGCUCCAACCAGAACGCAGAUGAGCCGCAAUCCAGCACCAACACUGGCAGUGACGUGUGCGAUUCCAGGGACUUGACAAACUCUGAACCCAUCGCGCAGCCCGACCAUGGCCCCGAGACACAGCUCAAUCCAGUCUCCGAAGCACAGCCCACGCAGCAGCUCGGCACACCAUUCGACCAGGAACUCGGAGCAGAGCUCCAGAUUAUCGAACAGCCUGCGCCGGAGAACCACUCAGCCCCAGAUGUGGCGCCCGUCGAGCAGGCUGCCCUUGGCCCUCAAGAGGGCCAGCCAACAACCGACCAGAGCGAGGCUACCAGCGGUGAAGGAACGGAAGCGCCUUUCAUGUCGCAAGGGUCCCUCCCGGGCUGGCACGAAAUGCGCCCGUAUAUGACGGGUCUAGAUGCUGUGCGUGAGUGGACUCGCGGUGAGCUUCGCCGUUUCUGGCCCAACGGCGUACAAGUAUGCUCGGAUUUGCAGCUGGAACUUUUCGGCACCGGAACCGACGAGUUUAGGGAGUUGGAGCUGUUGAGAUACGAAGCGUGCGCUCGAACUAACCAACAUUACAUUGUUGAGUUUAAGGAGGAAUACCCCGAGAUCCCGCCCAAUAUGGUGGUCACACCCAUCGACAAUGGAGUGUACGCCUUUCUUUGCCUUGUUGCCCAGGCGCCCGCUGGCAUCGUCGACCUGACUGGAGACGAUUCAGCUUCUUCCGCCACGGCUCCUCCUUCUGGCGUGCAGCAGGCCGCUCUCGCCGCUCCCGCGGAAAUCGUCGCCGCCGGUGCGCCGGUGUCCGCCACAGCGGGUGGAGAUUCUGUUGCCAAUGGUUCUGAAGCUGCCGAGGAGGAGGACGAGGUGACGAAGAGGGUGCCCAAGAUCCCCACUCCACCGCCCGUUGACGAAGCCACCUUCGCGCAAGGACCGGUGUCUCUCACCAACAACGCUGAGCCAACGACGCCCGUGCAGAACGGUUCUGAUGGAGACAUUGGCACCUGGAGCAGUGACUGGUCUGGACAGGCCUUUUCAGAUGGUGGCGACCCUCCCAGGUCGCCUUCGAACCAGGAGAUUCGUGUCAUGGAGCAUUCCGUUACCACUGACAAGUACGACCGCGAGACCAAUCCCACGGACGAUGCUAAGGGCAGCAAGAAAGCUCGUGGCAAAAAAAGCACUGGACCUGUUCCAGGUUCGCUCAGCUCUGUGCGCAACGCACACAACACUCUCAACCAGCAGUUGUUCCCAAACGCCCAGGCCGCUGGCAACGUCCAUGGACCUCCCCCGGCCGCCCCAGGCCCAGUUGCAGGUCCUUCCAAUGCCGCACCGCCCACUCAGCAGGAGCCAGCUUCACAAGGCGCGACAGGAAAGCGCCAUGUCGGACGCCCUCACAAGGACGACAGCGAGUUGGCCAGCCCCCGCAAACGCCAGCUCAAGAAUCCCAAUUCUCCCUGUGCCGAGCCCAGCAAGGGAGGCAACAAGCGCCGCAAGAAGAACGCACCGGCGGCCGCGGACACGACCGACGUGUCCCAGGGACAGCAGCAAGGCACGUCGGAGGAGAGCCAGCCCGCACAGUACUACGGACCUUCGCCCGAUCGGAGUCUGGAUGCCAAGGAAUGGGUCGAGGAGCACACCCAGGGCGGUAAGGGCAAGAAGCGGAAGGCUCCUGCGCCCAAGAAGACUCCCGCUCCCCGCAAGGCGCGGAAGACCAAGGAGGCCACUCGCGCCGCACCCAAAACCUAUCGGCCUAUUGCCCCGGCCCCGCCGCGCAACCCAGUUGAUGCCAAUGGCGUACAGAUGCAGUCUCGUGCGAGCACCCCGAUGGGCCACGGUGGCGCCACAGGCUCUUCGCCCAAUGUCCAGAUGAAUGGCAACGGCACCCAAAUGCAUUCGGCGGCACCUCACACGCAGAACGGCCGGUCUCAGCAGAUGGGCCAGCAGUCUUCCCAACAGGUUCCGCAACAGUCAGGUUCUCAGCAUACCGUAGGCCAACAGAAUGGUUUCACCAACCAUGUGCAGCAGCAGCAGCCUUGCGAGGUACCGGACCAGGAUGACUUGAACAACAAAGAAGCAUGGUUGACAGAGAAAUUGCGCGAGGUUCAGCAACAGCGAAGCAUCUUAGCUCAUCAGGAACAACAACAGGGUCAGCAGUAUCCCGAAGUGUCGCCCCAGAUGAUGCCCGACCCUUCCAUCCAGCAGGGCUUCCAGGAACCACAGCAGCAGGACUUCCAGCAGGUGCCACAACAGGCGCCCCAGCAACCAAUGCAGCAGCGAGCGCAGCAGCCAAUGCAGCAGCCAAUGCAGCAGCCAAUGCAGCAGCCAAUGCAGCAGCCAAUGCAGCAGCAUUUCCAUCUGGGUUUCCAGCAGCCAAUGCAGCAGCCAAUGCAGCAACCAAUCCAUCCGGGUUUCCAGCACCCGCAGCAGGGUAAUUGGCAGCAACAGAGCAGUGACAUGACCAGCGGCGAACCAAACUUCCAGCAGCAGUUUCGGCAGUGGAUGCGGUCCGAGCUCCAGGAAAUGUUCGCUUCUCAAGUGUCCCAGACUCCCAUGGCUAUGCCACGAAUGAUGUCCAACCAGGGCAUGCCAUCGAAUGGCAUUGCACCUUACCCGACGAACAUGCAAGAGAGCCACCGGCAGGCGUCUCCAGCCGUUGGAUACCCGGCGGCCGGGCCCUUCCCUCAGAACGGAUACCCGGCGCCCAUGAACUUCAACCAGGGCAUCGAGGGGAUGAACGUUCAGGGCAUGUUUGGUGGCUUCGAUGGGGGCGUCAACGGAGCCUACAUGGCUCAGGAGGGCAUGCCCGACUUCAGUGGUUGA